UAUCAGCACUCAGCACCACAGAGAUCCCUCACUGAGAAAACACCUCAGCCAGUGAAAGAAGUGAAGUCUCACGCUCCCACUUCAAAGGGAGAGGACAGGAAGAAGCACACAAAGGGAGGCCAGCGAGCAAGGCACCAGGGAGGAAGAAGACAAGCUGUGUGUGCGCACUAUUACUAUUGCUUUCCCAGUCGCGUCACGCGUGUGUGCGCGCGGCUAGAAGCAGACAAGCUGCGGGAGGGAGCAAAAGGAGCAUGGCUUCUUGCAGCAGCUUCUACUUUGUUCCCUUUCUCCUCUUGAUGUUCUUGCUCUCUUCUCCACCUGUUAAUGUUUCUGCUGCUGCAUUGGCGUCCAACUCCGAGCCAAGCAGCAGGAGUGGUGCUGCCGGUAAUGCCACUGCAAGGUUGAGGCCAGGGAAGGAGGUGCUCAAGUACAAGAGGAUCAGGGCUCUCCUCAAGAAGCUCAACAAGCCCUCUGUCAAGACCAUUCGGAGCCCGGAUGGCGAUUUCAUAGACUGUGUUCCUUCUCACCUCCAGCCAGCGUUUGACCACCCAAAGCUCAAGGACCAAAAGCCUCUGGAUCCACCGGAGAGGCCCAAGAACUACAACUUCACCAUUGCCGAAGGCGGCGGCGGCACAGUUGGAGAGGUGGUGGUCCAGGCAUGGCAUGCCACCGGCGAGGCGUGCCCGGAAGGAACGGUGGCCAUGCGACGGACGACGGAGGAGGAUAUGCUCAGGGCCAGCUCCCUCAGAAGGUACGGCAGGAAGCCGGCGCGCCGGGGUGUUCGCCAUGAUUCCACCAGCAGCGGCCAUGAGCAUGCAGUUGGGUAUGUAAACUCUGAGCAGUACUAUGGGGCCAAAGCCAGUGUAAAUGUGUGGUCACCAAGGAUUGGAGACCCAUCCGAGUUCAGCCUGUCACAGAUCUGGGUCAUCUCUGGCUCUUUCGGCAAUGAUCUCAACACCAUCGAAGCUGGAUGGCAGAUAAGCCCUGAGCUGUAUGGAGAUAGUAACCCAAGAUUCUUCACCUAUUGGACAACUGACGCUUAUCAAGAGACCGGGUGUUACAACCACAACUGCCGCGGAUUCGUGCAGACGACUAACAAGAUCGCGAUCGGGGCGGCUAUCACCCCAGAAUCGGUGUACAACGGCAGGCAGUUCGAUAUUACUCUGAUGAUAUGGAAGGAUCCGAAGCACGGGCACUGGUGGCUGGAGCUGGGCCAGGGCCUGGUCGUCGGCUACUGGCCGUCCUACCUGUUCACCCACCUGGCGCGCCACUCGAACAUGGUGCAGUUUGGCGGCGAGGUCGUUAACACCCAGCCGUCGGGGUCGCACACGGCGACGCAGAUGGGCAGCGGCCACUUCCCUAGCGAGGGUUUCGACCGCGCCGCCUACUUCCGCAACCUCCAGGUGGUAGACUGGGACAACAACCUCAUCCCGGCGGCCAACCUGAAAAUCCUCGCCGACCACACCGGGUGUUACGACAUCCAGGGAGGGUCCAACGCCGAAUGGGGCAGCUACUUCUACUAUGGAGGGCCAGGGAGGAAUGUGAAAUGCCCCUGAGAUGAAUUUGGAUCUAGUUUUGCUUUUGCUGUUUUUCUUUUUGUUUGUUUGUUUGCUGUUCAUUUCUGUUCAGUGUUUUCUGAUAUUGGUUGGUUUUAGAGUUUAGCGAAGAAGGCAUCGGAACGGUUGAGACUUGAGAGGAAUUUAUUUGAGAAGUGCCUUCUGUUA